AUGUACCAGGCUACAGCCAUGGACCAAAAAAUCCCGUAUGAUGACUAUCAACUGCCGGUUGUCUUUCUUCCUUCUUAUGAGAGUCCUCCAGCGUGGAUCGCCCCACAAGAUCGAAUCCACCACCCUGACUACAACAAUGAGCUGACCCAAUUCUUGCCCCGCACCAUUAUCCUGAAGAAACCACCUGGGGCACAACUAGGUUUCAACAUCCGUGGGGGGAAAGCCUCUCAGCUGGGCAUCUUCAUUUCCAAGGUGGUUCCUGACUCAGAUGCUCACAGGGCAGGUCUCCAGGAAGGGGAUCAGGUGCUAUCAGUCAAGGUGAAUGAUCAUGUUUCCCUCCUUGACCACCUCUCUCAGGCUGUAGAGAUUCUCAAGACGGCCAGAGAGAUCCUGAUGCGGGUGCGCUUCUUCCCUUACAACUACCAGAGGCAAAAGGAGAGAACUGUCCACUAGAUGGCAUCAGAUCCCUUGGCAGUGGCUGUGUGAGUCACAGAGUCAGUGGCCUUGGCAGGUGGAAGACAGAUCAUCAGUCUUCCCACAGAUUAUUUCACUUCCGUUCCAGCACAGUGAUGACACACACACACACUGACGCACUGGCUCCACACCCAUCUGUACAUGCUUUAGGAUGACUAAACAUGGAGAUACUGCAAUGCUGGACCAUGUUCCAUAUUAUUUGCAGUCAUACUGUGUGUGUGUUGUGUGUGUGUGUAUCCGUGUGUGUGUAGAUAUGGCAGCCUUACUUUUGGACACAGACAUUUCAGUUUGUGUGUAGCCCUGAUUAAACUAGAACAACUGAUGUGUAUUCAUCAGGUGUUAACUGACAGAAUAUAAACUAGGAUAUAAUAGCAUAUGCAUUGUUUAUGACGUUAUGUUGUUAAAAAGAGAGGAAUAUUGUUUGGUGAAAGACUACUCACAUAAAACAGUGCAUCAAGUCUGUUUCAAGCCUCUUGAAGAACAGCCUUUUUAAAAUGGAUAUUUACGACCCCCCAGCAUGUGUAUGUAUAUUUGAAUAUUAGUAUAUUUUGAAUAGAGGCCUGGGUUAAUAGAUGUCAUUUUGCUUUUAUGAACAAAUGUUUAGAUACUAAAAGCUUGUUAACAGUUGUCACUGCAGUAAUAAAUAUUUUACUACCUACUAAAGAUAGGCCUCCAAAUUUUGAUCUGCCACUGAACUGUUUUCAGUUGGAUCUUCACAAUUUAAAACAAAAGUAUGAAUUGUACAAAAUGCAGCGGAUACAACUUGCUUGUGCAUACAGAUAAGAAUCUGGACAAUUAAAUCAGUUUUACCAACCA